UCUUCACUCUAAAAAACUGAGAUUAAUUUAUUCUGCUCUGUUAUCUUCCUAGAAUGACUUGGAUGAUAAAAGUAUUUCCAAAGUUGCUAUUAAUUGGAACAUAGUAUUUGUGUUGCACAGUGGACAUCAUUCAGCCAUAAUUUCUGUCUCAGGCAAAUGUGCUUGUUUAGUAUAGUAGUGUGCAUGUAUUCUUUCUCUGGCAAAUUAUACAGCCAGUGCCUGGCAGCCUCAUCCUCCUGAGCCAAGUGUGUGACUCUUGCUUUCCCUUCCAGCUGCCCCACAGUCCAGCCUGAUGGGCAAAUGCCGUCGUCCUCGGACAGCCUUCACCAGCCAGCAACUUCUUGAGUUGGAGAACCAGUUCAAGAUCAACAAGUACUUAUCCCGGCCCAAACGCUUUGAAGUGGCCACGUCACUGAUGCUUACUGAGACACAGGUGAAGAUCUGGUUUCAGAACCGUAGGAUGAAGUGGAAGCGCAGUCGGAAGGCCAAGGAGCAGGUGAUGGGAGCUGAGGUUGAGAAACAGAGAGGGGCCAGCAAGGCCUCAGAGAAACUGCUGUCUGGAGAAGUACGAGGGCAGGAGAAUGAAGACGGGAACACUGGUGAGGAAUGUACAAGGCACAGAGCCAGCACACACUUCCCGCACCACAAAGCAGAGACUUUCAGCUACAGCCCUGAUUCCUCAGAGUCAGAAGAGGAAGAAGAAAUGCAGAGCUCCAGUCACAGGGAGCUGAACCUGCUGUUAUGAGGGAGCCACAGGCCUCAAAAGCAGAGCAACAAGAGCAUCUAAAAACCAGCUCCAGCCAAUCAAAAAGUGGUUUUCUGUUCUUGUUCUGCUAAGAGACAUUUUAAAAGACUUUUCCUGGGCUGGUGCCCUGGUAAAACUGUGACACUUAAUUUAUGUGUGUUUGAAUAUAUUUAUCUUGUAAUUGUUCUGUUAGUGUAUUGAGUGGAAACCCAUUUUGGCAUUCGCCUCAGUUUGGUAUAAAGAGAUG